AACGCGGAGCCGUUAAGAUCGACCGACUAGAGCUUAAAGCGAGGGAGAAAAGCUAAUAUUUAUAUGUAUAUUUUCAUUCACUUUGAUUGAUGAUUUAUUUGACAGCCUGCAAAGUGUUAUUUCAUAGCUUUUGUUUUCGUUGCAGUGGCUACUUUUUCGGGUGAUUUUUUUUUUUUAUUUUUUUUAACGAGUGUGCGUUGUUAACAAACCGUUUCUUAAACAGAUGUGCUCAUUUUACGCAUUGGUUUUUUAUCAAAUAAAUAUAUCAGUUAUUGUUUACUAAACAUUUAAGUGUCGAAGUAUAAAACUAUUCUCACAACAAAAUGGCUGAUGUGAUUGAGAAGGUAAACGCCGCUGAGUGCGAAGAAAUCGCAGAGCUUGAGCAAAACAAAAGCCAAAUUGAAAAACGGCCAACGGAGUAUCCCAAAUCGGUUGCAUUCAUUAUCAGCAAUGAGUUCUGUGAACGCUUCAAUUAUUAUGGAUUGCGAACGAUUCUCGUGCUGUACCUCACCACAAAAUUGCACUACGACAAGGAUACGGCGACCGUGCUCUUCCACAUAUUCUCCAUGUUGGUGUAUUUGUUUCCGAUAGUUGGCGCCAUUAUCGCCGACAGCUGGUUGGGCAAAUUCAGAACCAUUCUAUAUUUGUCUAUGGUGUAUGCCUUGGGUGGCGUGAUUGUAUCGCUGGGUGCUAUUCCAUUGCUGCACCUGCCCGUAAAAGAAAUCACUAUACUCGGUCUGACGCUGAUCGCGCUCGGCACCGGUGGAAUUAAGCCGUGCGUUUCAGCAUUCGGCGGCGAUCAAUUCCGCAUGCCCGAACAAGCGAAACAACUGGCCACCUUCUUUUCGCUUUUUUAUUUCGCCAUUAAUGCUGGAUCCACCAUCUCCACCACAAUCACACCCAUCCUCCGUGAGGAUGUGCACUGCUUCGGUGAUAAAAAUUGUUUUUCAUUGGCCUUCGGUGUGCCAGCUGUGCUGAUGUUGCUAUCCGUAGUGAUCUUUGUAGCCGGCCGGAAAUUGUAUGUUGUUAAGCCACCUGCUG